AUGGCCGACUACCGCCCAGCCAAAAUCUUCCAAACCCCCGUAGACGAAGACAAAAACUCCUUCUACUACGGCUCGCACGCCCAAUGCAUCGGAAAGCUGAUGGACGGGCUCGAAAUCAGCCCCUCAGGCGUACUGAAUGCCCGAUUCGGCAAAAUCACAGAAGUCGUAGCCCUGAAGCGCUUUAUCGGCGUGACCCCGGACCCGCAGGUUCAAGGGAGCGGGAAGCACCAUUUUCGGCCGCUGAGGUAUAAUGAACUUGUUAAUAUGCAGAGAUACUUGGAUAGAUGCGAUCUGAGUGCGCAGCCCACCCCGGAGGUGGGUGACCGCUAUGAGGGGAUCUGGGCGACGUCUGGUGGCGGUGUUAUGUUUGGGAGCGGGAUUGUUACCGAAGUGCUUGUGUGUCCGGAUAUCACGAUUAUAUAUAUUGUUGAGCCUGUAUCGGAGCAGAAGAUGAUGAAGGAGUUGAGGAGACGGGAUCAGGCACGGCUUAGGAUGAUGGCUGGCAAGAACCCUCGAGGGAAUGUUGUGCAGAGAGUAGUGAAGGAAAUAUUCUCUCUAUGGCGUUGA